CAUAUAUGCUUCUUCAACCACGAUAUCCUCUCAUACGUCUUCCCCGCCACCCCACGGCCAAAAUUUUCUCCUCCUAUGGCUACUACAAGCUGCUGGUUCUUGGUGUUCGUCUGGGUAGUAUGGGGGCUGCCACUGACGCUCGCCGGGGCUGAGGAGCAGCAAGGGGAAGGCUGCUCGACCUCGGCCAAGACGUGCGGCAACCUCACCAUCACCCAUCCCUUCUGGAUAGCUGACAGGGAGGCGGGAAGAUCCUGCGGUCCCUUGGACUUCCAGGUCGGUUGCUCAAAUGACAGCAUUCCGUUUCUCCGGAGCUCUGGAUUCACUGGAUACACCGGCUUUGCAAUCAUGGACAUCUCAUACAAGGACCGCAAUCUGCGUGUCGUUGAUGUACGCAAAGAGGAGGACUUCAAUGUCUCCAACAGCCGCUGCAAUUUCCCGAGUUGGAACACCUCCAGUAAGCUGGCACUGCCGUUUAAGGUCAACCCCGCCAACCUGAACCUCAUCUUCUACAAGUGCACAAAAAGGGUGGCGCUAGUGGAGGUGAGAUGCGUGAACACAAGCAACGUGUUUGUUCGCGCGGGAGUGCGUUUCGAUGAGAUGAGGAACUACGUCGACUAUGCCUUGGAGGGCUGCGACGCUAUCGUCGUGCCGGUGAUGGGCUCGUCGGACGGGGCCAACGCGAGCCACUUCGAGCAGCUCAUCAGCGAUGGCUUCUUCCUGACAUGGGAUCCACCCCCUACAAGUAAGUUCACCGGCCAAUCAUCUUUUAAUCAAGUUCGUAGCUAA